AUGCCUGUAUUCUUUUGUGGAGCUGUGGAAUUCUCCGUCCACUUUAAAGUUAACUUAUUGCAAAUUUCUUUAAAAUUAAAGCAUAAUCUGCAAAAAAGUUUGUUUGGGAACUCAGGUCUAGAAGAAUGGCGUCAAACUAAAAUUCACGAAUUGAAAGAGGAAUAUAGCACAAACAUUCUGAAAUAUGCUCCUCUUCCAAACAAAGAAACCACGUUGAGAGAAUGGCUUAAAAACCUGAACUUUGAGGAGAAGAAAAAAAUAUUUCGGACCUGGCAAAAUCAUAAUUCUGAAAAAUUGGAAGAGGCGUUUUUAAAGGAAUUCGAUAAAGAGUUUAAAAAAUGGCGGGAUAAUGCCUUUUACAAGUCUUUGGGAAAAACCAACGAACUCAAAAGAAUGUUAAUUUCAAAAUAUACAAAAAUUGGUAAAACUCAUAACGAUUUGUUGGAUAAAAUUAAAAAAGAGAAGGAAAAUGAUAAAAAGGAGAACUUGAUAAAAUCACUUUAUGUUAACCUAAAUAUUAAGGAGUUCAAAAAAUGGCGUGAACUAACGACAACCAACAUUGAAAAAAUUCUAGAUAUUUUCAUUAAAGAUAUUGACUAUAAAUAUGAUAAGUGGCGCACUAAACUCGGCCCUUUUUCUUUGCCGUUAAGGUCCGCUUAUCUGACAGUCGCUAAGGAUUUGAUUCAAAAAUUGGUUAAUGAGGUAUUUUUAUAUUAUUUAUUUCUCAUAUUAUUUGAAAUAAUCAUUUUAUUUCGGUUCAAAUUUUAA